AUGUCUCCGCACAAGGUCGAAGACUUGGACGUGGCGUCUUCCAAGCCGUCGUCGUCCGGCAGGAACUGGAUUAUGGGCGCCGAGGCCUUUGAGAGGAGGAUGCCGCACCACGACGGGAUCAAGGCGCUGUGGGAGACCAAGUGGAAGUUCCCAUGCUCCAAGGGCCUUUACCCGUUCCACGACGGGCAGUACGAGGACUUCGAGCCCAUCUUCGCGCACCUGAUCGCCAAUGACAUCAAUGACGGCAACUCGCCCGAGUACACCGAGGCCUUCUUCGCCACAGCCGAGGCCCUGACGUCGAGCGCUGACGCCGUCGUCGCCGCCGCCGCCGCCUCGGGGGAGUACCGCGCCCCCGCCGCCGCCACGGCGCUAUACCUGCGCGCGUGCGCCGUCUACCGCAUCGCGCGCUUCCCCUACGUCCCGUCCUGGCAGCACGUAUGCUGCCCCGUCAAGUUGCGCGCGUGGGAGGCGCAAAAGGAGACGUACAAGCGAUGCGGGCGAGCCUGGGACGAGCCGCUGCUGGAGGUGCUGGUGCCACACACGCACCGCGCUGGCGCCGACAAGGAAGCCCUCCUCGUCUAUGUGCGUGUGCCACGCAGGACUGCGGCUAGCGGCGAGCCGUGCCCGGCCGUGAUACUCAUGACAGGGCUGGACGGGUAUCGGCCCGACAAUACGGUCCGAUGCGAAGAGUUCCUCAAGCGAGGCUGGGCCGUCGUGGUGGUGGAGAUUCCCGGCACGGCCGACUGCCCUGCCGACGCCGCCGACCCAGAGAGCCCCGAUCGGCUCUGGGCUAGCCUGCUGGACUAUAUGGGCGCCGUCGGCUUCUUAGACAUGGCCAAGAUCAUGGUGUGGGGUUUGAGUUCGGGCGGCUACUACGCCGUCCGCGCCGCGCACACGCACCGCGAACAGCUCCUCGGCUGCGUGGCCCAGGGCGCGGGCUGCCACUAUUUUUACGACGGCGAGUGGCUGGACCGGGCCGACGGCCACGAAUAUCCUUUCAAACUCUCGCCGGCAAUGGCCAUGAAGCACGGCUUCGAGUCCGUCGAGGCCUAUCGGGAGGGCGCGCAGAAGAAGUUCUCGCUCCUCGAGACGGGCAUCCUCGACCAGCCGUCGACGAGGCUGCUGCUAGUCAAUGGCACGCUCGACGGGCUGAUGCCAAUCGAGGACUCGAUGAUGCUCUUUGAGCACGGUUCGCCCAAGGAGGGCCGCUUCUUUGCUGACGCCUUGCACAUGGGCUACCCCAAAGCUAAUGAAUCGGUCUACCCUUGGAUGGAGAGUGUUAUGGCGGCCAAGUAG